AAUAAGAAAAAUUAACUGACGCACUAACCAUGGUUAGAUAAAACGGGGAGAACGAGAAUCUCCGCUAAAUUGGAGGACUGAAAGAAGUUAAUACAGGGAAAAAGGAGGUCUUGUUGCUUCUGGACUCCGAAAUUCUCGGCUUGAGACGACGAAGCAAAAUUACUGUUUUCUUUUCUUUCCGUUUGUAUUUUCGAUUUUCUUUUCCUGCGGGAGUUGGACGGAACGAUCGAUAGAUUUCCGAUUUUCUGUAAACAUCAUAGGAUCUGAAGUUGGUUUUCUGUGUUAUAAGGGAGAACAGUGGGUUGAUUGGAAUUGGAAUCGCUUCUCUGUUUUGGGGUUUCUUUGGAGCUUUCGAUGGGCAGAUUCUGACGCCAUGAGGAAGAAGUUAGAUACCCGCUUCCCUGCUUCUCGGAUCAAAAAGAUAAUGCAAGCAGAUGAAGAUGUUGGAAAGAUUGCAAUGGCUGUGCCUCUUCUAGUUUCUAAAGCAUUGGAACUGUUUCUGCAAGAUCUUUGUGAUCGGACAUAUGACAUAACUCUUCAAAGAGGAGCCAAGACCAUGAGUGCUUUACAUUUAAAGCAGUGUGUACAGAGCUUUAAUGUGUUUGAUUUCCUGAGGGAAAUUGUUAGCAAAGUUCCAGAUUUAGGUGGGUCUGAUGCUGUUGGUGAGGACAGAGCUGUUAAGAGAAGGAAAGCUGUAGAUGAUGAUGGUGACAGUGAUGAUGAAUUAAAGAGGACUAGAAUGCAUGAGAUGGGCCACAGCAGCACCAGUGGAAGAGGGAGGGGGAGAGGCAGAGGAAGAGGCCGUGGGCGAAGUAGCCGUGUGAUAGAGAGGGAGAGUGCCCAAUAUGAUAAGUGUGAAGAUGAUCCAGAUAUCUCUCCUCAACACAAUGAUAAGCACCAUCUUAACACUGAAAGGCUGGAUAAUGGAAAUGAGGCUAAGGAAUCAAAAGAAGGCAUGGUAGUUGGUAGUAGUACCAAUGCAGUAGUCCGAAACUUUGACCUAAAUUUGGACUUGGAUGAGAAUGGUGAUUCCUCUGCCAUGGCAGCAGCAGCCCCUGCCAUGUCAGUGGAGCCUCCUGAGAUAAAACACGAAGAAUAUCCUGGCUGGUCACUGUCUGAAAUGGACAAAAUGGCAAUUGAUCCUGUUCAGCUUGCCCAGCUUAACAGAAGGCUAGAUGAGGAUGAAGAAGAUUAUGAUGAAGAAGGAUAGCUGACAAUUAGUAAUCCAUCUCAUAGAGGUUAGAAGUAACUCCUUGCCCUUACAUAUAGGAUAGAUGGUAAUAUGUCCUCUCUUGAGACMUAGUUAGGCAGUUUAGGGAAACCAAGAGAAAUGAACACACACAGAUGUAAUUUCUCAACAUUGAAGAUGAAACAUGCUUCACCUCUAGAAAUGCUGAAAGGGGUUUUUGACCUUUCUAGUAUCUGUAAUAUAUGUUUAUAUACCUCCCACUAACAAGAACAAUUUCAUACACAUUUCUCUGAGCAUUGGCAAUCCUCAGUGUGUACUCUGAUCUUUAAUAGAUAUCAGGAGAGAAUACUCAUUAGCUAUAGCAUUAAAAUUCCAGUGUUGAGGUAAUUUUUCCAUAUAUUCUGAUUAUAAACU